GCUACGUCCGUUUUAGUUCCAAAAACCGCAAUACCAUCAUGGCACCCGGUUUUAUAAUUUUUUGAGGAAAGUCUAACAUACACGUAACCAAACUCGAGCUGAAAUAGUGAUUUUUUUCCUAUUCAAACGUUUGUUCAUAUUUGUUUUUACGGACUAUAGGAUUAGAAUCAACGAUUGUUCGGUGUCAAAUAAAGUAUUAAAAACAUGAGUUCAGGUAGACCAAUCAAGUGUGUGGUGGUAGGGGAUGGAACAGUAGGAAAAACGUGUAUGUUAAUUUCAUAUACAACAGACAGUUUUCCAGGAGAAUACGUACCCACAGUAUUUGACAAUUACUCAGCACCCAUGGUCGUGGAUGGAAUACCUGUUAGUUUAGGGCUUUGGGAUACAGCAGGUCAAGAAGACUAUGACAGGCUUCGUCCGCUCUCGUACCCACAGACCGAUGUCUUUCUCAUUUGCUUCUCUGUAACAAGCCCAUCGUCUUUUGAAAAUGUUACUAGUAAAUGGUAUCCGGAGAUAAAACAUCACUGUCCUGAUGCACCUAUGAUACUUGUUGGGACUAAAAUAGACUUACGAGACGAUCGCGAAACGCUUACCGCCUUAGCUGAACAGGGCCUUAGUGCCAUAAAACGUGAACAAGGGCAAAAAUUGGCGAACAAGAUCCGUGCAGUGAAAUAUAUGGAGUGUUCUGCACUGACGCAACGUGGUCUGAAACAAGUGUUUGAUGAAGCAGUUCGUGCUGUUUUAAGACCUGAACCUCAAAAACGCAGACAGAGAAGAUGCAUUAUGUUAUAAACAAUAAACGGUCAGGAAUGAAUCAACGUAGGUAAAGCCAUAUAUAAACUGACAGACUGAAAUUAAUUUUGUCAUAAAAUAAAAGAAAAUAUGAAUGUUUUGAAAUGAAGGCAGCAGACCAUACAUUUUAAUGAACAUUUCUGGCAGCUGUAGUUUACUAGUUGAUAAAUAAAGUACAAUUUACAGCUUUCUUAUUUUAAUAUAAGCUGCAAAAUCAGUGCUAUAGGACUAAAAAAAAACUUACACAACGAGAAAGUAUAAUCAAAUUUUUGACCACUUUAUCCUUUGAAAUUGAAACAGGCUAAAUUUAUUAUAGAUUUGUAUGUGUCCUGUUUGUAGCAUUUCUAAUAUAAAUUUAUAUAUUAAUGUACUAGUCAAUGUGAGGGGAAAUAUCUCAAAAACGUGAGAACAUACGUAUUAACAGGUUAUUCUUUAUUUUUAUAAAAUGACAAUUUUCACUUUGUUGUUAUAUUAUAGAAUUCCUUUACUUCGUAAUGCAAUGUUACAAAUUAAUAAUACUGAAACAAAGCCAAUAAUGUCUGUAUAAUUAAAAGUACAGAAUCUUGGAAUUUUGUGCUUGAGAGCUGCCAGACUUCAAAAUUUUUAUAUUUAUAAUAGUAAAAUCGUUCAUUUUAGUACACACAUAUGAUAGAUGUAACAGUCGAUAUACUAACAAUUUUUAUAAAAUGUAAAAUAGCAUUAUAGGGUUAUUUAAACAUACAGUGCCAUAGCAACGAAAAAAUCAAAUUAAUAAUGCAAACAUUUUUUACGUCAAUUCUAGACAAUAUAUGUUUGUAUUUUAUUAGACUCCCUUACUAGUGAAGUUAAAAAAGGAUUUGAAGGAAUUGAAAAGUCUUGUAAUAGGUAAUGUUUUAUAUUUACCUUAAAAUUUGAUAUAAAUAUUGCGAUUGUAAUAGAAAACAAAGUAGGUUUAUGUAUGAUAUACUACCAGCAAACAUAUGUACAUUUUUUCUGAACAAAUUUAAUAGUUUUAUAUAUAUACACCACACUUUAUUGUCUAGAAUUUGAACAUUUUCUUAUACCUACGUCAUACAGGCACGCCAUAGUGUAUUAUGUACGUUAAUAUUUAUUUUGUUUCGAUCAUGUACUGUGUAAGAAUAUUUUAAAAGGAAUUUAUUACAAAAUAUUUAAACGUGUAUUUCAAAUUGCUGCAAUUUCAUGUGACAGAUACAGUUUUACAGAUUGUUGCACUGGUGCAAUUUGAUUAACAAUUACAGGCCCUAAAUUAUUUUUCAUAGUAACUGAGACUGCAUUGCAAAAGUAAUAAUCAAAAUAUAUAUUGAAUUGUAUAAGGAAAUGUAUUACCAGUAACAAACAUAUGGUGCAAAUUAUGCCUAUAAAAUGAAGAACAUAGCACAAUUUAUUUUAAAGAAUACCAUGACAUCUUUAAUCUUCCACUAUUAUUAUUUUUGUAAAAUUAAUUUAUAUAAAUCUUCACAAUUAUAUAUAAAAAAAAAAAAAGAAAGAAUACGACAUAUUUUAGAAUAAUGAGUACGUACAUUGUACAGAACAAAUACAUAAUUUUUCUCUUAUGUAUCAAAUUACUUGCAUCUAUGAUUACAUCUUAUUUAUGUUGUGAAUUUUUCAUUCUUACUAUUGUAUUGUAACAUACUUCGUUUACACUGAUUUAUCAUAUUAAAACAUUAUUUUCAUAGAGAUUGAUUACAUGCUCUUUAUAAAAGGACUCGAUGAAAAAAAGAAAUAGCGUGGUGAUGAUGAUUAACAAAUAUUCCUCCACUCGUGAACAUAUUUUCUUAUAUUUGAAAACAAGCAUAGAAUAUAGAACGAUAGGACAUGUGUGCCAUAUACUUUCAAAUUUGUAAAACGAAUAUUACAUAUAACAUACUUUGUUUGUAUUUGUACUCGACAUGAAUUUUGAAACGAAUUAGAAAUAUGUCAUCAUCAUAUUUAAAAUGCAAAAUUCUUAGUAUAAGCGAGAGUGAAUUAUGAAUGAGGCAUAUUAAUGCUUGCUGAGUGUACAUACUGUAGCAUAGUAAUAACAUGCUCUAAAUUUCAAUCAAGCGCAUUUUGACGAUGAAAUAAUAUGAUUUUUAUUCCUCUUAAAAUAUCUCAGUAUGUACACAAUCUAUUAAAGCAAUUAGUCAUGUGAUUGAAGUAUAGAGUGUGUCGCGAGAUGUUUGCAGUAAGCUUUACACUUUAUUGUAUUUGCUACAAUUUUACACAGAAAAUUUAUUUCUGACAUUUCUGCUGCAAGAUAUCGUAUAAAUUGAACAUUUAGUUAAGGACGUACAAUACAUUUGUAGUUCCUGUGUAAGACAAUUUUUUCUUUGAUACUUCAAAGAGCACAACUGAAGACAUUAAUGCUAUUCUAUGACAGGUUUAAGCCUAGGAAUUUAUUAUAUUAUGUACAUACGUACAUAAAUAUGACACAUUUAUUAUAUAAAGUGAACAGUACCACCUUUUGUAAUAUAAUAACUGUAUGCAAAUUUGCAUUUAUUGUAAGUAGUGCAUUUAUUUUACAAGUAUUGCCGUGUAUAUGUAUUGUAUCCUGUUAUUUAUUUGUUACACGUACAUUGAAACAGAAAAAAACACUUUUAGCAAAUUUUUAGAUUUUUAUAAAAUGCCAACAAUCCAAAGUCUGAUUACAUAUUAUAACAUGUAUCAAACAUAGAUCAAUUAAAAGUAAGUGCAAGACAAAGCACAAUCUUUUUUUAAAUACUAUUUAACUCUUAAGAUUAAUAUUAAUAAAUUUUUGACAGUAUUACAAUGUAAAUAAAAUUUUUAUUCUACUAUUUCAAAAUACGCAACAUAUAUAUGAAUUUUUUUUUAUACGUCAUAAUUAAGCUGUUACAGAUUUGCAAUGCACUGUACCCACUGUUAAGUAAUCGUUAUUUUGUUUAUAUGAAAGCAAAAAAAAAAUUAAUAUGGCAAUUAAUGUGAAAUAUUCGGGCUCAUUACAUGCACGUUACCUUUAGCGAAAAUCAGAAUUGAAUUAAUACAAAUUUAUAUUAGUAAUAAAAUUCUGAAUUUAUACGUAUUAUUGGUAAAAUGAAUUUACACUACUUACAACUUGUGCAUUUAACAAAGGUAUUUAACAUUGACUGUCUCUCUCUUUUUUUUUUUUCUUUUUUUUUUUUUUUAAGAAAGAAAACAGCAAAGGAUGCUACAAACCAAAGUCCAAUUUUACUUUUAAUGUAACUUUUAUGAUCUUUAUUAUGUAUUAUUGCAUAUAAGUAUACAAAGAAUGGAUGUAUGAAGUGUAAAGAUAUUCUAGUCAUCAAGAAUCUGAUUUUAUUUCUAUAUGAAAUCUUUUAUCAAAAUUUAUAUUCAAAUCGCGUUUAAUCAAUAAAUGAACAUUUUUAUUAAGAGAGGAAAACAAUCAAAUCGAAAUUAUAAAAUGAAGGACAUGAAAGUAUUGAUUCAACUUAAGAUAUUGUCAAUUUAGGUAGAACAGUAUGAACCAAACAAAGAGAAUAAGAUUGCAUUAGAAUACAAAUGUAUGUACAUGCACUAAGAUACAAAUUUAAUCGUCAGUAAUGUAUAAACAUAACACUCAUCUAUUUUCUUAAAAUUUCUGUAAAACCACUAAUUUCUGUAGUAAUAAAGCAGCACAAGGGAGCUUAAUGGUGAUAUAAAUCAUGUUUCUACUAUUCCACGCUUAUAAUUGAUAAUAUUUAGAUAAUACACAUAUAGGAAUUAUGUUAUUACAUUGUACAAAGAAGUUUAAAAGUCGAUUGUAUUGAAAAUAGAUAGGAAUGGUAUAAAUCUUCUCUUAAUGCUUUCAAACAUAUUGCAUAUAAAAUUUUGAUA